AUGGAAACAAUCCCCAUUCGGGUGCUCUUCUUUGGGAAAGCGAGAGAAAUCGUGAAAUGUGAUGAGCAAAGUGAACGCGUGCCCGUCGAUGCCGACUAUCAACGACUCUUUAAAAUGAUAUUCGAGGAACGCUUCCCCGAACUUAAAGAAAUCGCUUCAUCGUGUAUGCUAGCCGUGGACCAACAUUUCUGCCGGCCCGAUUCAAAGGUUGAACUUUAUCCGAAUUCCGAAAUUGCCGUCAUCCCACCACUUUCCGGCGGG